UGAGGUUUGACCUGGAUGACUGUGAGCUAUGCUUCAGCUAUUGCAUCUGCUGCUGUAAACAAGAGGGAAGGCUAUCUGCAGCGCGCACUGUAUGGCGGAGAAGCCAUCCUCUGAACUCCUGGACUGUGUUGUUCAUUCUCCCCUACACAUAAUUUGGAUGUGAGACCAUGACGUUUGAAGUUGUAGUUAUUGACGUUGCCCGUAUCAGAGGACUAUGGGAAACCCGUGUAAAAAAAUAUAAAGAGAGAUGUAAAAAAGAGAAGGAAAGGAUAGAAACAAGUGCACUGCAAAAGAUAAAACAGGAAUGGAACUUUAUUCUGGAAUGCAGAAGCAGUGGAACCCCUCAGUCAGUGUACUUAAAGAAUGGUUUUGUAGACACUGAGCAUAAAGGCUUGGAUACACAUGAAAGAUUUCCUUCUGUUGCAAAAAAGACCCUUCAAAUUAAAGAGAAACCUGAGAAAGAAAAAUUUAUUUUUAAUCUUUGUGGCGAGAAUUGGGAGGAACUUCCAGAUUCCCUCAGAGAACAAACUCACCUGAAAGAAUGGCAUAUUAAUAAAACACGGAUAAAAGUAAUUCCUGAGUAUAUACAAAUAUUUCAAGAUCUAAAAGUUUUGGACAUGUCACACAACAAACUAAAAUGUCUUCCUGCUGAAAUAGGUUGUCUGAGACAUUUGAGAGAACUCAACGUUGCUUUUAAUUAUCUUAAAGAGGUUCCUGCAGAACUUGGAGAUUGCGAAAACCUUGAGAGACUGGAUGUAUCUGGGAAUUUACACCUCACAGAAUUGCCCUUUGAGCUGAGUAGUUUGAAAAAGGUCACUUAUGUUGAUGUGUCAGCAAACAAACUCUCUUCUGUUCCAAUUUGUGUCUUACGGAUGUCAAGUUUGCAGUGGUUGGACAUCAGCAGUAAUAUCUUAAAGGAUCUCCCACAAGACAUAGAUAGAUUAGAAGAGCUGGAGACAUUACUACUACAGAAAAAUAAUAUUACCUACCUGCCAUUUGAGUUGAACAAUAUGACUAAAUUGAAAUUGCUGGUUGUCAGUGGUGAAAGCUUGGUUGAGAUACCGUCUGCCCUUACUGAAAACCCUUCUCUGAAGUAUGUGAAGAUUCUAGAUAAUCCAAUUGAAGCAUGUGAAAGUUCAGAUAAUGAGAAUGAAGAUGAGAAUAAUCAAGACCGAGAACAGUUUGAGAAGGAGUUUAUAAAGGCAUACCUUGAAGAUCUUUCAGAAAGAGAUGCCCCUCCUACUUAUAUAAAGAAGGUGUCACUGAACCUGCAGAUAUAGAAGUGAAGAAAUGACAAUUAAAUAAGAACGUGAUUUACCUUGUGAUCACCCAACAACUCUAGCAUACGGAGGACAGCUACUGUUGGAAGAUUUUUUUUUCUAAACAUCAAGAUUCAUAGGAGGGAGGGGAUUCCGGUGCUCCAAAUGAUGUGAUGCCUUUGUAAAUAAUGUAAUGGUGGUUCUAAUAGCACAUCUUAGUUAGUCAGUAUAUUGUGAAAAAAGAAGGCAGUCAUCCUCAGAGGGUGUCCAUUACCUCUGUCAGCAAGAAAGGAGUAUAAAAAGGGGGGGAGGCGCCAACUAAGAUAGUCCUACUAUGCUACUGUUAAUUGAGUGUUAGAGUAGAAUGUACACUUACAGGUUCACUGGGUGAAGUUGCCCGUCAAGGAUAGAGGUGUG